AGUGUCGUGUUUGUCAACAAAGCGCAGACAUCGUGCGAAUUUUUCCGAAUUUCUGUCGAUUUUCUGCAGUAAAAACGACUCGAUAUGAAUACACAGACGCAAAGACCGUUCAAGGAGAGGAAAAGCUUUUCCUCAAGAAAACGCGAUUCAGAGACGAUCAGCAARCAAUAUCCAGAAAAAAUUCCGGUUAUUGUYGAGCGGCUAAAGACAGAGAAGAAUUUACCGUUAUUGGAUAAAAUAAAGUAUCUUGUACCGAGUGAUCUAACAAUGAGUAGUCUUGCUAGCAUCAUCAGAAAGCGACUUCAGUUGGGACCUACACAAGCAUUCUUCCUUCUUGUUAAUGAAAAGAACAUGGUCAGUAUCUCAACAACUGUUGGUGAAGUCUACAGAGAGGAGCAYGAUGAAGAUGGUUUCCUGUACAUGGUAUAUGCCUCACAAGAAACGUUUGGAUARAAAUUCAAUGAUUUGAUUUUAUAUCAUAAAAUAAAUUGUAUAUAAUUUGGUUUGGUUUUAUAAAUAUCUUGUAGAUUGGAACAAUUUUACUUUUUGCUUAUAGUUUAUAAUUUUAUCCUAAUUUAUGAUAAUCUAUUUACAAGACAAAGGUUAGUGAUCAAGUUGUACAGUACUCCAGUAAGCUGAAUCAAUAUUGGUAGCAUCGAUACUCUCAAAGAAGAGAACUCAUUAAAAAACUGUCCUGAGUCAACCACAACAAACAACUUUCUUUUAAUGUAAAAUUCAAUUUUGUGUGUAAAAUCUGACAAGAAAAUGCAUAAGUAACAUCGCAGUGAUUCAGAAAUAUGAAAGCCAGUGUAAGAAUGAAGAYAUGUCAAAGCAGUAAAAGGAGAUUUAUUUACAAAUAAAAUACCUAAAACAAGA